GACAGCCGACAGCAAGGUGGAGAGCGAAAGAGAAAGAGAGCCAGAGCGAGAGCAAGAGAUAACGCGCUGCAGCAGUCCAGCGCAUUGCCUGGGGCUGCCAUGGCAAUAUGCGGGCAUGCAGGAAUUUUGCGGCUCUUCCUUCUGGUCUCGUUUUUCAUUGUGGUCUUUGAGGCAGAAGCUGUAGCUGCGAGGUACGCCAAACUCCGCAGACACAAGAGAGAAUGGAUCAUUCCCCCUGCCAAACUGAUGGAGAAUGUCGACCACACAAGGAAAGAGUACAUCGCUAAAGUGCGGUCAGACAUAUCUGACAAGACCUCUGUGAAGUACAGUUUGUCUGGGCCAGGAGCGGACCAGGAGCCUGUGAACCUCUUCAUAAUUAACUCAGACACUGGCUUUGUCCAAGUCACUGGGAUUCUGGACAGGGAGGAAUGUAGUGCGUAUGAGCUGGCAGCGUAUGCAAGAUACCGUGAUGGAACCCUGGCGGAACCCAAGAUUGAUUUGAGAGUGGUGGUGCAGGACCAGAAUGACAACGCACCAGUGUUCCAGAGCAUAUCAACGUCCGUCAGAGAAUGCAGCCAAGUUGGCACUGUGGUUGGGCAGAUCACGGCUACAGAUGCUGAUGAGGAGGGAAACGAGAACUCAAUAAUCGCCUACAGCAUCGUCAGCCAAGAGCCUGGAGAGGCUGAUACCUUCGCCAUUGACCAGACCACUGGGGUCAUCACUGUGAAGAAACCCAUCCUGGAUAGAGAGAUACACGACUCAUAUACGCUCAUCGUACAAGGAGUAGAUCUGUUUGGAGCUAAAGGAGGAAACACAGGUACCGGGAGUGUGAAGAUCGAGGUCCGAGACAUCAACGACAAUGUCCCCACUCUGGAGAAGGAGUCGUACGAUGGCAGUGUGGGUGAAGGAGACGAGGAUGUGGUGGUGAUGAGGAUCAAAGCUCUGGAUGUGGAUUUAGUGAACACCGAUAACUGGCUGGCAGUUUUCCACAUUGUGGCUGGGAAUGAGGAAGAAAUAUUCACCAUCGAAACGGAUCCCGUGACCAAUGAGGGCAUCCUGAGGCUGGUUAAGCCAGUGGAUUAUGAGAAAGUCAAAGAAAUCAACUUGGAUUUAUUGAUUGAGAAUGUUGCUCCUUUUGUAGAUGGUUCUGCCAUAGCUUUGGGCCUGGAAGUAGAUUUAGCUGGACCAGGAAUAAGCCCCUCUGGAGGGGGAGGAGGCGGUGGAGGAGGGGGAGGUGGUGGAGGAGGAGGUGAGCCAGGUGGUCCUGGUGAGCCUGGUGAGCCUGGAGGACCUGGAGGUCAAGAGCCAGAGCCUGGCACAAAACCAGGGACCAAACCUGGUACCAAGCCUGGGAUAAAACCAGGUACCAAACCAGGUACCAAACCAGGUCCCAGACCAUCCAAAAAGCCUGGCAAAAGCUACCCGAUUAAGAUUGCAGUGAUCAACUCACCCGAUGGACCAGGUUUCAACCCUAAAGUUAAAGAGAUCCCCGUGUCUGAGGAUCCAGACAAGGUCGAACUCCACACCGUCAUUGCCAGUUACCCAGCCACAGAUGGAGACACAGGGGAGGUGGCUGAAAACGUCAGGUAUGCCAAAGGCCAUGACCCUGAUAACUGGUUCAUUAUUGAUGAGGAAACGGCAGAAAUUAAGCUGAAUAAAGUGCCUGAUCGGGAGUCUCCAUUUGUGGUGAACGGGACAUACAAGGCCUUGAUCCUUUGCAUGACAGAAGAUGUGCCAAGUAAAACUGUGACUGGAACGAUAGCUGUGAACAUAGAAGAUUCAAACGACCACUGCCCCAUACUGACGAGCACACACCAGACUGCUUGCACGGACGCCAAAGUAGUGAAUAUUACUGCUUUGGAUGAAGAUGGAAGUGCAAACCCACUUGCAUUCAAGCUGUUUCCAGAAGAGAGUACAGGAACAUGGGAGAUGACAUCAGUCAGUGACACCACCGCUGCAUUCUGGGCGCAGGAGACCUUGUGGCCGGGGGUGUACCGUAUCACCGUGGAGGUAUUCGAUGCCGAGGGUCUGUCGUGCCCAGACAAACAGACGGUGGAGGUGCAAGUGUGCACGUGUGACGAGGGCGGAGACUGCAGCCUGAGGGCGGCUCAGCAAACCGGCUCCUCGUGGAACGUGGGACUGCCCGCCAUCGCACUGAUGUUUCUGGCACUGGCGCUGAUCUUGUUGAUCCCUCUUCUGCUGAUGUUCUGCCAGUGUGGCGCAGCCGCCGCUCAUUUCACUGACCUCCCCUUUGAUGCUAAAGAAUACCUCAUCCCAUAUCACAUCGAGUCCAAAGGAGAAGACAAGGAGGUUCCCCUCUUCAGUGCUCCUGUUCCAGUUGCAGUUGCUGAGGCUGGCAACACAGUAAGCGCUGCAAAUGUUAACCUGAACAAGUCCUCCAUGGGUCUGGUCGGCAGAGGAAACGGAAGCUUCUACGCCGAGACUGGAACGUUGUUGCAUCAGGAGAUGAUGGGUGGUGGAGGUGGAGGUGGUGGUGGCGGAGUUAGAGGUGGUGCCGCGAUGGAGGAAAUGGACUAUCACCAGUACGGAUUCCGGCAGAAUUCAUUUGGGUCAGGAGGAACAAGGCGAGAACUCUACACCUCCUACCACCGUCUGGACCAAGACCUCUUUGAAGGCAUUGCCUUGCCCAAUCAUCUGCUGCAUGACUACUACUCUCAGAAAGCAAUGUAUGAGGCCCAGCAUUGCAAGAUGAACGACAGCCUACUGGUGUACGACUAUGAAGGGGAUGGAUCGUCGGCUGGCUCUGUUGGCUGCUGCAGCCUGGUUGGGACUGAUGACGAUCUGAAAUUCCUUGACGAUCUGAGCCCAAAGUUCAACACUCUCGCUCAGGUUUGCAGACCCCCACAACCACCACCCGAAGUAAUCAGAAAACCACCAGAAGUAAUCAGAAAGGCAGAGACUCUUCAAAGCCAUGUGCAGAGAGAAAGCACCAUCUCAGCGAGCACCACACAGGUUUCUCAGGCCUCACCCCCACCCGCUCCCCCUCCAGUCCAGACAACCACAACUGAAACCACCAGAGUCAUUGGCGCCUCUGCCACUCUUCCCAGAAUGCCCACCCAAACUGUGCUAUUGCAGCAGCAUCAGCAGCAGCAGCCACUGUACUACAUAAUGGGGCCACCGGUGCAAAACAGAGUUCUGCUGGCCCAAAGACCCCCUAUGCAACUGAGUCAAGGUAUACUCCUGGUAAACCAAGCACCUGCACUGCAAGGAGUCAUUGCCACUCCAACAAUCCCUCCAACCAGCCCCACUAUGCUCCUUCAAGGAGGUCAGACGUUCGUUCAACACAGCACACUCCCUCGGGCUACAAUUGCAGGAUCACAACGAGUGGUCUUGGUACAAAACCAGCCUGGAGCUGCACCACUGAUGCAAGGCCAAAGGCUCACCUCUGCCCCUCAACCACAGGUGCCAUGGCCAGCAGACCGCUUUGCAAGUGAAAGGCCAGCACCACCGACAUAUGAAAGUGUUCGAGUCAGUGAGACCGUUAACAUUGUGGGGAGCAACAUCACACAUGUUCCAGUACCACAAGCCAUGCCACCCCUUUUCACCGACUCACUGACAUCUCUCCCGAGUAAAGAAGAGGAUGUUGUUUCUGUAGCCUCCAUUUCACAUUCUACCCCCACAUUACCUGAAACUCCAGAGCUAGAGGCUGAGCUUCAGACCAAGGUCCUGUUUGAGGGACCAAGUGUAAGCGCUGUGGAUCUUGCUGAACCUAUAAUUCAACAUGAAGAGGUCUCAGGCGAGGUUCAGGAAGACAUUUUGGUGGCGGAAUAUGUAGCCGAGGAAACUGGCUCUGAUAAAUCUGAACCUCAACUGGAGAUAGGAAGCACAGAUGAAGCCACAGCUGAGCCUGAAGUUCUGGCUGAUGGCUCUGAAUUAGCACCUUCAGAAGACAUUCCAGGUCCAGUUGAAGAUACAAUUGACAUUUCAGUGACAGAACUUCAGUCCUCUUCACCAGAACUAGACAUAGAUACAAGCCAGGAGGUUCCCCACUCAGAUAACUUGGAAAAAGAUGUUUCUGUUGUAUCACUGGAAGACACCGUGGUAGAGGAAACAGCUGCUGUGGAACUGGGAUCAAGCAUCAGUAAUGAAACCCCAAUAUUAUCUCCUUCACCAGAUGUUUCAAUUUCCCUUCAGGGGGAGGUAGAAUUAGACAGGGACCUCAGUAGCCCUGAUGUUGAAGCCACCAUAGACAAAGGAGAAAGCGUUUCUGUCUCUUUGGAUAUGCCAGUGGUAUCAGAGAUCACAGAGACUGAGAGCCGAGAGGUUUCAGAGGAUAAUAUUACAGAUACUACACUGACAGAGAGUGGGUUAACAGUGGAGGAGUGUGGACCUGACACAACUCCUGUCUCCAUACCUGAACUAUCAAUAAGUGACUCAGACAUCAUAGAUUUGGUAGCAGACCAGAUCAGUGCUGGCUUGCAGUUGGAGUCAGGAAUGGAUACGGGUACAGUCGCACAGCCAGAGGGAGAGGGAGAGGGAGCGAGAGCGGGAGAGGGUGAUAAAUCACAAGAGGUAGAUGCUGGAGAAGAAGAUGCAAACCAGGGCGAUGUAACAGAGUCACCCACUGAGGAGUUAACAGACACAAGCCUCUGCCAGGAAACUUCUCUGGAAACCUCUGAAGUAGCAGACAAAGAUGCCAUUGAGGUCUCAGAGACAGAAGUUAGCACUGCUGAAUCAGAGACCAUGGAGGAGGGCCAAGACAUGUCAGCUUCACCUCAGGAAAUAAUUGCCGAACCUGAAUCUCCCACAUCUGAAAUCACAGACCCAGCUACCAUCGAAGUCUCAGAGACACAUGUUAGCACACCUGACCAAGAAGCCACGCUGGAGGGCCAAGACGUUAGCAUAGAGGAUGACAGUGUCCUCCUGUGUGAGGCAGUACCAUCUGUGUCUGAAAUUAGUGAGGUUAAUGUAGAAGGAUCUCUAGAGUCCAGUGUUGCAGUGGAGUCAGUAGAUGUAACCACUGAAAAGGGUAAGACAGAGGAGGAGCACAUUGAGGAAAUUUCAUCAGAUCAAAUAGUUGGACAAGGUGAGGGAGAACAUCAAGAACAGCAGGCCACUGGUGACUCUGAUGGUCAAGCAGAAAGGGCUGAGGAAACAUCUGAACCCAUAGAUGUAGGAGACAUGUCUGAUGCAGAGAGCAUGGAAGUGCACUGUUCCACUGUGUACUCAGAACAAAUGGAUGAUUUGAGUGAACCAGGAUCUGUUGAGGAGGAAAAGCUGAAUGAUGGACAUGUGGCAGUGUUGGCUCCAGAGGUCUCACCGACUGAAGCAGAGGAGAUGGAUGCACAGCCCACAACACCAGUUGAGUCCGAGAUAGUUGAGUCAAUACAACCUACUGUGACAGAGGAGGAGGGAACAGAGGCCACUGCUGAGGUCACAGAUGAGCAUCAUGAACCAGAUGUGGUAGAAGAUGCAGUGGAGGAAGGCACUCCAACAUCAGCUGAAGGACUAUCAGUAGAUGCCAUUCCUGAAGAUAACACAGGCAAGGCUGCUGUAGGGCUGGUAACAUCUGAGCAGUCAGAAAGUCAGCUAGACACAGAGGUAGUAGAAGUAGAACUUCAGUCUGAUGAUGCAGCUGAGAAACCAGAUGCUGCACCAGAGGUAGAGGUUGCUAUUGUAGCAUCAGAGCAUGUUGCUGUUGCUGCUGAUGUGGAAGCAGAACUUGAGGAGCCGGCAACAGUUGAGCAGCCAGAAAGUCAGCUAGACACAGAGGUGGUAGAAGCAGAAGUUCAGUCUGAGGAUGCGGCUGAGAAACUAGAGGUUGCUAGUGGGGCAUCAGAGGAUGUUGCUGCUGCCGAUGUAGAAGGAGGAGAACUUGAGGAGCCUGCAGCAGCCACAUCUCCGGCACAAAUUGGAGAGGUGGUAGAGCAGGGGGGCUCGGAAAGUACAGUAGAGACAGCAGAAGAGUCGCAUCCUGAGGUAGAGGCACAACCAGAUGCUUCAGCAUUGAUGGAAGUGGAACAACAGCAGGCGGAACCACAGCCAAGGAGAGUGGAGGUGGAGACAGAGGAACCUCUGACUCUGGACACGGUGCCGUCACUAGAACUAGCCGGAGAUGUGGACUUGGAGGCAGAUACAGUAGAAGCUAGCACUAGCCAUGUAUCCGCUGAGGCAGGAGAAGGUCUGCAAGUCGGGCCUACCUCCUCGCUAGAGGUGGAAGUAGUUCUUCCCACAGAGGAGGGAGCCGAGAAGCCGGAGGAGACAGAGACUGCCACGGCAGAAGUCGAGGAAGAGGAAGGUGCAGCUGCAGCUGCAGCCGCAACAGCAACUGCGGAAAGUUCCAAGAAAAAGAGUAAAAAGGAGAAAAAAGCCAGCAAGAAGGAGCCAAAGAGUCCCAAAAGUCCAAAGAGUCCUAUAGGGAAAUGCAAACAACAGUAAUCAAUCCUGUUGUGUGACCUUUAUGUAAAUCCUUGAACGGAACAGUUUGAUGGUACACAAACAAUUCCCUAAACAACCUAGGAGUCAUACUAGUUUGGUAUUUGAUUUGGGGUAUGAAUGCGUUCAGUGUUCUUUAUUUGCAACUUUUAAAUUGUGUCAACUCGAAAGGUUUAACUGUUGGCUCUGUCUGCUUUUAAUAUCCUUGGUGCAAUUGUUUCUACUGUUAACAUUUGAAUAUUUAAUACUUAAUGUGUUUUUAUUGUCGCUAUAAGCUUUCAUAAUUCCUCAAACAGGAUAUGGUGUUGGACAUACUUCCUAAUACUGAAAGCUAAACAGGCACUUACUGUAUUUUUUAUAUUGGAUUAGAGUGAAUGCCAGAGUGUACUGUAUGACUGUCUUUCUAUUAACACAAAUGUUUCGACUGUUUUAUAGUAUGUAUUGUGGGUUUUUUUCCUCGCAAAAUGCAUUUCGUCUGACCUGCUUGAAAAUCAAGA